AUGAAGGCUGCCUACACCGCCUAUCGAUGCCUCACCAAAGACCUAGAAGGCUGCGCCAUGAACCCGGAGCUGACAAUGGAAAGUCUGGGCACUUUGCACGGGCCGGCCGGCGGCGGCAGCGGCGGGGGCGGCGGCGGGGGCGGCGGGGGCGGCGGCGGGGGCCCGGGCCAUGAGCAGGAGCUGCUGGCCAGCACCAGCCCUCACCACGCGGGCCGCGGCGCCGCUGGCUCGCUGCGGGGCCCGCCGCCGCCGCCGCCGCCGCCAACGGCGCACCAGGAGCUGGGCACGGCGGCAGCGGCUGCAGCGGCGGCGUCGCGCUCGGCCAUGGUCACUAGCAUGGCCUCGAUCCUGGACGGCGGCGACUACCGGCCCGAGCUCUCCAUCCCGCUCCAUCAUGCCAUGAGCAUGUCCUGCGACUCGUCCCCGCCCGGCAUGGGCAUGAGCAACACCUACACCACACUGACGCCGCUCCAGCCGCUGCCGCCCAUCUCCACCGUGUCGGACAAGUUCCACCACCCGCACCCGCACCCCCACCACCACCACCACCACCACCACCACCACCAGCGCCUGUCGGGCAACGUCAGCGGCAGCUUCACCCUCAUGCGCGACGAGCGCGGGCUCCCGACCAUGAACAACCUCUACAGCCCCUACAAGGAGAUGCCCGGCAUGAGCCAGAGCCUGUCCCCGCUGGCGGCCACACCGCUGGGCAACGGGCUGGGCGGCCUCCACAACGCGCAGCAGAGCCUGCCCAGCUACGGGCCCCCGGGCCACGACAAAAUGCUCAGCCCCAACUUCGACGCGCACCACACUGCCAUGCUGACCCGCGGUGAGCAACACCUAUCCCGCGGUCUGGGCACCCCGCCCGCGGCCAUGAUGUCGCACCUCAACGGCCUACACCACCCGGGCCACGCUCAGUCCCAUGGGCCGGUGCUGGCGCCUAGCCGUGAGAGGCCACCCUCGUCCUCUUCGGGAUCGCAGGUGGCCACAUCAGGCCAGCUGGAGGAGAUCAACACCAAAGAGGUGGCCCAGCGCAUCACCGCCGAGCUGAAGCGCUACAGCAUCCCACAGGCGAUCUUCGCGCAGAGGGUGUUGUGCCGGUCUCAGGGGACUCUCUCCGACCUGCUCCGGAACCCCAAACCGUGGAGUAAACUCAAAUCUGGCAGGGAGACCUUCCGCAGGAUGUGGAAGUGGCUGCAGGAGCCCGAGUUCCAGCGCAUGUCUGCCUUACGCCUGGCAGCGUGCAAACGCAAAGAGCAAGAACCAAACAAAGACAGGAACAAUUCCCAGAAGAAAUCCCGCCUGGUGUUCACCGACCUCCAACGCCGAACGCUCUUCGCCAUCUUCAAGGAGAACAAACGCCCAUCCAAGGAGAUGCAGAUCACCAUUUCCCAGCAGCUGGGCCUGGAGCUCACGACCGUCAGCAACUUCUUCAUGAAUGCCCGGCGCCGCAGCCUGGAGAAGUGGCAGGACGAUCUGAGCACAGGGGGCUCCUCGUCCACCUCCGGCACCUGUACCAAAGCGUGAUGGAAGGACUCUCAGUUGGGCACAAGUCACCUCCAAAUGAGGACAACAGAUACCAAAAGAGAAUGCAAAGGAAAACGACGCUGGAUUCUUAGCUGGGGCCCUUCACUGGUGAUUUGAAAGCACAAUUCUCUUGAAAAGAAAAUUCUAUUCUAGCUGUAAUCAUAGGCCAGGUGUUCUUUUUGUUCGUUGGUUUUUAAUGGCUAUGGAGUCCAAGUGCAAGCUGAAAACUAAUCUCUUUGAACCGGACAUUGUCCUCUGAGCGAGUGUGCUAAGCACCUCAGAAACCCAAAUGGGGCCUUUCUGCAGCAAGUCAGUUUCAGUGUGGUGUCAGUCAAGCUCAGGAUUGCUUAGAAUGUCAACGGUCCCACUUUGAGUCCUGUCAACCUCUUGCAGUCAAAGUUCCCAUGAGUGAUAGUGGGACUUUGAAUGACCUCAUUUGCUUUCCAAGUGCUUAGCCUCAUCAUACCAUAGUUCACCAACGUUCACAGCCAUAACAUAGAAAAACAUCAGAAUGACAAUUACUGAGCACAAGUUUUAAAUAUGGAAGUUAAAAAAAAGAAUCCAAGGACCUGUUUUUCCAACUCAGGCAUCUUUUUCAUUGAAUGGUUUAGAAAGCUUUAAGUUGAUCCAGUUUACAAUUUUCUUUUCCUUACCUCCUGGAAAUCUCACGUGGUCUUGGAUCCAUCAAAAAAAACCAGAUCAGUUCACUUGAGCUCAAAGUAUCAAGCACAACGAAGAUAAACAGAGAAGUAAGGAAGGUUCUGGAUUCACCGCAUCUAGAUUUUCAAGACAUCAAUUAAGAAGUCAUGAGGGAAUCAUUGGGAAUACGGCUUCAAGCACAUUUUGCAGUUUGUUACAAAUUCUGUUUGUACAUAAUGCAGAUGCACACUCAGGAGGCCAAUUUAACUGUUACAGUACACGGAGCAAAUGCAGCAUUUUAAAAGAUCUAGAUUUUUUUAGAUCAUAAAUGUGUCCUUCUUGGUUAUCUGUCACCUGGUUCCUCCUAUUGUGCAUUAUGACCACCACAUAAUACAUUCUUGUUCUUUCAGAUUUGGGUUGUUCCCUUGUCCAUCCCAUCGGUAGGGACGUUUUCAGUGUUUCAUAGCAAGGAAAAAAUAAAUAAUUCAAACCACCAUACAUGUUACUCAUAACCGUCAUCUAGUCCUGAAUCUCUUCCAUUGUUGAAUCAUCUAGCAAAACAGCUGAAUAAAUCUGGAGAAAACACAGCACACCAAAGAAGCAGAAUACUGCAAACCAAAGACAUUUAUUACUUGCCAUUUUCUAGCCUGAAAAAUACUGUGAUUACUUCUUAGAAGUCAGAAAACCUCUGCAACUCCGAAUGGCAUUCAGCUCUUGCAUUUGGUUCAUCAUCGGGCUGAGUGGACCGGCUACACCAAGGAUGUUAGCCAAGCCACCCAGCAAGUGGCUUUGUGGUUCCUGGCUGUCACCUUCCCACGGCAAAUGGAAGAGUGCCCACAGAACCCUGGGAGAUUGCAGAGGUCACCAUGUGCAUAUUUACCAGUGAAUGGCCCCAGGUGGGCACCACGGGGGUGUUCAAAGCAAGCCAAACACUGCAAUGAUUCUUUACAGACACUUGAGACUGACUUUUUUAUGAAUUGCUUAAUCGAAACCAAAGAAACUUUUUCUGCACCUACUUCUGCAACAAACAAAACUGUCCCAUUAAAAUGAAUAAAUAAAUAAAAACGUAAAUCACCGAAAAUCACCACCAACGAGAAGGAAGCACGCCAGAAAAGAAAAAAAAAAAAAAAAACCAGAAACAGAAAAACAGCGAGACACACUGUGUUCAAACAGACCUCUUGGGACAUUUUUUGGAAGCAGAUUUUAAAGAAAGGGUUGACACAGGAAGAGAAAUAGGAAAAGCCUCCGUUGCUGCUGCUUCAUUUGACAACUCAUGCGGUAAUCUUAAAGUUGAAGAUUGUCUUUAAUUUGUGCCUAUGCAGUUUUUCAAAAGAACACGGAACAGAGCAACAGAAACCUCAACAGCUACAAUACCAAAGAUGAGGAUUUCUCACACCUUUGUUUCAGUUCAUUAUCUCCUCUUGCCUGGCUUAAAUACUAAUAGCGCCAUUGAUCUGUGUAAAGGUAAUCAAUUUUGUUUCUGAGCAACGAAAGGAAAAGGUCAUUUGUUUGAUUUUAUUGUUUCCCUAUCAUUUUGUUUUAUGGCUUUCUACCCAACAUGGAAUCUCUCAAAAGGUUCCAUGGAAUCCAAGUUUAAGAUGUUGGGAUACUGAACAGUUCUCCUCUCUGCUCGGCAGAGCGUGGGGAAUAAUAUUGUCACUUGAACGUUCUAUGCUUAAUCCUUAGUCUUGGUUCCUUCUAUG